UAACCCAUGAUAAAUCACGACAAACAGAGGACGCAGCCAGUAAAAACUACUCGCUGUUCUCAAGACUUCAGAAGCACAGUUUAACACCAGAGAAGGGUUUCUGACGAAGGUGGAAAUCAGGAAAUGGCGUCAGGGGGAGGAAGAACACUGGAAAUAGAGAAGAUGAGCGUCGAGCAACUAAAGGCACUGAAGGAACAAGCCGAUCUAGAAGUGAACUUACUUCAAGACAGCCUCAACAACAUCCGCACUGCAACUACUCGCCUCGAAAUCGCCUCUAAUGCCCUUCAAGAUCUAUCUCUCCGCCCUCAAGGGAAGAAGAUGUUGGUGCCUUUAACAGCGUCUCUAUAUGUGCCGGGGACCCUAGAUGAUGCUGAUAAGGUUUUGGUAGAUGUUGGCACUGGAUAUUUUAUUGAGAAAACUAUGACAGAAGGAAAAGAUUACUGUGAGCGAAAAAUCAACCUGCUAAAGUCCAACUACGAGCAGCUUCUUGAUGUUGCAACGAAGAAGAAAAGUAUUGCCGAUGAAACUGGUGUUAUCUUGCAAGCUAAAUUGAGACAACUUGCUCCUCCAGCACAGUAGAUCCCAUUGUUCUUUUUCCUUUUGGGGGUGGAGUGGGGUGCCUACUUAAAAUGUACUUAAAAAUGAAUCCUGUGGAGUUGCCUUUGUUGAUAACUCAACGAGUUCAUGCGCCUCAGGCUUAAUGAGCACCAAAUUCUAUCUAAAUUAGCAUUGCUGAAGCAGAAGUUUAACGGGUGUUCGUUCCUCCAUUUCACUCCACUUUUCCCUAGUUCUUUUUGCCUUUUUGCGAGAAGCAGAUGAUUGAUCAUCUGUGUCAUUGUAGCAACAUUGGUUGAUGACUCAAAGUUAUGAUUUAACUUGGAAUGUCCUUUAGUGGGUGAAGCCAUGAUGCAGUUCUACUUUUACUGCAACCCAAGUUUCUAAUUCAACUAUGUAUGUGUGUUUUGAUGAGGAAAGUUGUUGUUACAUUCUCUUAUAUCAUCCUGGAGGGAAUUCUUGUAGCAUCCUCCCCGCCCACGAUAUCUGGUCCUUUCAUUAUUGUUGUAAUUGUUAUUCUUUUCCCUUUGUUCCUCCUGUUAAAUUGGAGUUCAUGUUAAUAUCA